AUGCAGGAAACGCUCGAGCUUAACAGAGACAUCGCAACCCUGGAGACCAGACACAAACGGACCUUGGACGCAACGACAUACCAGGAACUCACGGCCAAACGAAACCAACUCACCGCACAUCUCAAUCGAGCAAUUCAACGUUCAUACCAGCACUACAGACACAUGAUACAUGAACACGGGGAUAAAUGCGGAAGGCUGCUGGGAAACCUUCUGAAACAACGUAAAACCCAACUGUACAUCCCAAAGAUCAAAGACACGCAGCAACGACUUAAGCACCUCCCGGACCAGAUUGCGACAGAAUUCCGCACAUAUUACCAAGGCCUAUACCACCUCAGACAAGAUGAACCAGGAGAAUCGCAAUCGAGCAAACUCGCUGACGUACGCAGAUACAUAGGCUCGGCGCAUAUGCCAGAAAUAUCAGAGACGGACCGAGAAGCACUAGAAGCCCCCAUCACGCCGGAAGAAUUGGCGUAUGCCAUCAAGAAGGCAAAAACGGGCAAGGCACCAGGGCCAGAUGGGCUACCCCUUCAAUACUACAAAGUUUUUACACAAGAG